ACGGUACAUUUUGUGUCUUCACGUUGGUAACGUUCGUCCGGGGUAAACACCUCUUCCAUCUUGCGAUUACACAUGACGCUUCGCCUGUGCCGGUCAAAAGCCUAGUUUGCUAUUGUUUAUAAAUCGUUGAAUUCCGGUCGGGAAGGAAUAGCAAAAAUUUGCCCUGAGAUAUAGAUCAACUAGAGGGGUGCAAUGAGUGCUAAGAAUGGGAAACGCUCUCGCAGGAAGACUGAGGAUGAGGAGUUCAAGGCGCCAGUCUUGAAGAAGGUGGAGAGUAAACCUGAGGAUGAUGAACUGAAGGGUUUCGAGAGCGAAAAUGGCGUCAAGGAGGAGGACAGGAUGAAAACUAGGAGCCGCUCAAACACCCCACUAAAUAUUAAAAAGUCUCCACAAAAGGCAAAUGUUGAAAUGGAAGAGAAAACAGAGGAAGAGGUUAAAGUUAUAGAGGAUGUAAUUAAACCAGAGGAAGAAGUGAUUAAACCUGCAAAUGAUGAAGUGGUAGUGGUGGUGGAGUGUGAUGAUAAAGUGGAUGAGGAGAAGGUUGAAGAUGUUAAUGGUGGAAGUGAAAAGGAGGAAGAGGUUGUUGCCACAGCAACCGAAGUGCCAGCAACGCCAGAAGAAGCAUCACAGGAUAACAGCGAGGAUAUCGAAAUGGAGCCUUUGAUCGUCGAUACGGAGGAGGUCGAUCCGGAGCUGCAGUUCGACGAGGCCUCGGAUUCGGAAUCGCGUAAAGGAUCGCCGGUGUUGUCGCGCUGCAGAACCAGGCGUUCGCAGACCCGCAACAUCCCUACACCAAAGACUCCGAAAUCAGUGAUCGACCAGAACGGAGACGACAAAGACUCGGACAAGACGCCCUCUGAACUACUGGAUACGCCGGAAGCAACGGACAGCCAGGAAUCGACCUCGGAAUCCUCCUCAUCGCAGAAGACGACGGACGACAAGUCCGAGACCAUCGUUAACAUUGAUCUGACCGACACCAACGAGUCCUUCGAAUCGGAGACGAGCAUGCACGUGAACGUUGGAGGUGAUCUGACGCGGGAGAUCGACAUCACAGUUUCAGAUGAGAGCAGUUUCCUCAAUUCUGCGAAGGAUUUGAGCGUCGUGGAGACAAUACGCAGAAUGUCCUCGAGGAGGGCUAUCAGAUCUACAGGCGAUUACAGGAGAUCACUGCUCAAGUCGAAGGCGGAGAAGUACCAGUACAUUCCUCCAAUUCCAGCCCCACCUCGAGCUACAGUACAUAUCAACAGCGAAGUCGCUGCCACAGCUACCACAAUCAGGAGAUCCUCUGUAGAGAAGCUGAUCGGAUCAAAGCGCAAGACGCGCCGCAGCGACUCGCCGGACGGCGCCAAGAGAUUUAAGAUCACCGAUUCGAAUCCUGGAUUCAUGUCGUACAUCUCCAGUCCUAUCAGCAAGAUCAAGAGCAAAUUCACGCCCGGUGAGGUGUCAGCAAGCACACCAAAGUUGACUGGCUACAGGAAGCAGGACAUCCUGGAGGGCGCUGACUUGAGUAAGAUCGAAAUCCCCAUCCACACAGCGACGCCGUCGCAGCACGACAAGAAGUGGUGCUCAAUCAUGUAAAACGCGCGAUUUACUCUGCAUAUUAUUAUUUUUAAUCUUUAUUUAUAAGACGCAUGUCUUUUUAUGAGCCCCUUCAUCAUUAUAUUAUUAUUUUUACAUGUAAGCUGAUGACUUGCGAAAUAUUUUUAUUCGGAUCCGUUGGAAAUGGUUUAUAAGAAUGUUUACGAAUAAUGGUGUUUUGCAAUGAAAUUCGUCUUAAAAAGAUAUUUUAUAUAUAUACAUGAGGAUUCGUAACCUGGAUUAAAUGAUGAAAGUGAUAAUUUCAA